AACUCGAAAAAUCUGCUUACAAAAUUUUAAGGUCGAAUUGUUUAUUUGAUGAGUGGCAAACCGCUUAAGCCCAAGCCACGUGGUGGCCACACCACGGAUGCCCAGAGAUCGCCCCCACAGAAGCUGACCAAGCGGCUGUACCACUGCGGCUUCUGUUUGGCCAGCUUUCGCUGGUACCCAAAGACCAAGCAGCAUGAGCAACACUGUGCCGGUCGUUUGUGGCGCCUCCACAUCUGCAAGCACUGCCUGACCCUCUUCGGGGACGAGAAGGUGCUGGAGCGGCAUCUGGCGCGAAAGCAUACCGACGGCCGAUUCCUGUGCCUGCAGUGCGGCAAGCGGUACUCUUCGACGACGUUCCUUUACCGGCACGUGGUGUCCUGGCACGGCGUGCACUCGCUCUUCUACUGCGCCAUGUGUGCGAAUAGCCGCAACGAUGUGAAGACCUUCAGCAACAUGGAAGCGCUGCAGGCACAUGCCGAGGAGGCGCACGAUCUGGCGCCAAGGAAAACCCACAGCGAGGUGGACGAGACCGAGGAGCUGGAAAUGCUGGAGGAGAACAUCGAUGAUAUACUGCCGAGUGUCGACUGGGAUGACGAUGUCACCUUUGGCUGGCCCAUGGACCUGGACAAGGAGGCCUGCAUAGCCGAUCACAAGCCCAGCGGCUAUGUGUGUCCCAUCUGUGGCAACGGCUUUCCGGGCAGCAUGAGCCUGAUCCGCCACCUCGAGGACACACACCAGAAGAGCUCACUCGAGUGCUGUUUCUGUGGCAAGUUGCACGGAACUCGCGGGGCAUUGCGAGGACAUCUCGAACGUAUGCAUGUCCUGAUCCGCGGCCAUGUAUGCCACAUCUGCCAGGCGGACUUUACCACCGUCGAUCACCUCAAGAAGCAUGUGAAGAGCAGGCACGUUAAAGAUCGUCCCUAUCUGUGUCCCGCCUGCGGCAAGGGUUACAACCAGCUCUGCCACCUCAACGACCAUGCGUGCUGCUCCCCCCAGGGAAGUGAGCCACACAUUUGCCAGCUGUGCAAUUUUUCCUUCCGUCGGAUCGUCGAUCUGAAGCAGCAUGUCAUCAAGAAGCACGCAUAAAGCGAAAUUACAGAAGCAGCAACAGAAGCUUUAAUAGAAGACGCAACAGAAGCAGCAACACCAACUGUUAACCGAAGACUUAACAGAGC